CGUCGGCACUAAUCGCUACACAGGAUGUUCAUAGAAGGCGGAGCUUUCUCGCGGCUACUUGAUUGGGCGCUUCAGAUUUAUUUUUCGUUCUAGCUCCGCUGAAUUGACUGGUUGUUGUGUUUGGACUACAUUUCCCAAAACGCCGUGCGGUUUUAACCUAGAUCUUUAGAACAAUGAGUUCGCUGUGACAAGAGGUGGUUGUUUCAUACAGCAACACAUAGCCGGGCUAAAAGGCGCAUGCUCCUAGCCUCCAGUUUAUGGGGCGAUGGGCACAAGCUGAUUGUUACUGAUGUUAACGUGUGGUUUGUAAUUUAUUGUUAUUAAUACAGAGGACUUUGACAGGGCAUGAGCAGCUUUAUCCUCAUCACGUGACCUUAUCAUUGGCAUUUCAUGCAGGCGUCAGAGCAAGAGGUGCUAGGGUUAGUGAGGUUCCUGUCAUUAAGGAAUGCAGCAGUAGAGCUAAGCGAGGAAUGCUGCCAGCAGCUCGCACACGCACAACACACAGGAGCCAUGCCCCCCACAGAGGGUAGCCCCCUGGCUCACUGCUGCUGACAAACAUACACAGGCUAGAGGCGCACACUGUCAGGCAAGGGCAAACAGCUGGCGCAGCUGCAUAUGUACUGUCAGCUGGCAGCACGCACAUACGUACCAACACACAGGCACUUACUGUACAUACACAGCCCGGCAGAGGAAGAAGGAGAGCGGCACAAAGCAGCGACCAGUGUUACACAAAGGCAGGAGGCUGCUACUGUGCCGGGGGGGAAGCGACCCCCCUAAGUGGGGAGGAAACAGCCUGGCUGGGCAGAAGGAGGCUCUGUCACUAGCACCGGCGGAGAAGGCAUGUUGUGUAGCUUCUGAGGCGCACGCACAGCCCCGCUCACCGCCAACAUGUGGAUCCCUACGGAGCACGAGAAAUUCGGCGUCGUGGUGGCCAGCUUUCGAGCAACUCUUCCACAUGGCUUGACAUUAGAGAUUGGUGACACUGUUCAAAUCCUUGAAAAAUGUGAAGGCUGGUACAGAGGAUUUGCUGUAAAGAACCCAAAUAUCAAGGGAAUUUUUCCAUCAGGUUAUGUUCACCUCAAGAAUGCAUCUAUAAAAAACAAAGGGCAAUUUGAAAUGGUCGUUCCUACUGAAGAUGCAGUUAUUACAGAGAUGACCUCAACGCUGAGAGACUGGGGCACAAUGUGGAAGCAGCUUUAUGUGAAAAAUGAAGGUGAUCUAUUUCAUCGUCUGGGACACAUUAUGAAUGAGAUAUUAGAUCUGCGCAGACAAGUACUUUUGGGACAUUUGACUCAUGAUCGAAUGAAGGACGUGAAACGACACAUAACAGCUCGUCUGGACUGGGGAAAUGAACAAUUAGGACUAGAUUUGGUUCCAAGGAAGGAGUUUGCAAUGGUCGAUCCAGAGGAAAUAAGCAUUACAGAACUAUACAGAUUGAUGGAACAUAGACACCGGAAGAAAGACACUCCAGUACCAGCAAGCAGUCAUCACCUCUUUGUACAGAUGAAGAGUUUAAUGUGUUCUAACUUGGGAGAAGAGCUUGAAGUAAUUUUCUCCCUGUAUGACAGCAAAGAAAGCAGGCCAGUCAGCGAAAGGUUCUUUGUGAGACUGAAUAAAAAUGGAUUGCCUAAAUCUCCUGAGAAGUCUGAGCGAUACAGUUCUCUCUUUAUUGACCUAAGCUCGGGUGACCUUCGAAAAGACAUUUUCAUUACAGUACACAUAAUCAGAAUAGGUCGAAUGGGAGCAGGUGAAAAAAAGAACUCUUCAAACAUACAGUAUCGACGGCCUUUUGGGUGUGCAGCUCUCAGCAUUGCUGAUCUUCUAACAGGAGAAUCAAAGGAUGAUCUUGUACUAAAAGUGUAUAUGUGCAACACUGAAAGUGACUGGUAUCAAAUACAUGAAAAUAUUAUAAAAAAAUUGAAUGCUCGAUAUAAUUUGACAGGUUCCAACACAGGUCUGGCAGUUUCCCUUCAGCUGAUGCAUGGAGACAUUGAACAAAUUAGAAGAGAUUAUUCCUCAGUGUUUACCCGUGGGGUCUCCAUAACAAGAAAGCUUGGGUUCUCAGAUGUUAUUAUGCCUGGUGAAAUGAGAAAUGACCUAUAUAUCACCAUAGAAAAAGGAGAAUUUGAAAAAGGAGGCAAAAGUGUGGCAAGAAAUGUACAAAUCUCGAUGGUCAUUUUGAACAGCGAGGGGCAACAGUUAAAGGAUUAUAUAUCUUUUGGUUCCGGAGAACCACCAGCGAACGAGUAUAACUCCUUUGUGUUGUAUCACAAUAACAGUCCCAGGUGGGCAGAACUAAUAAAGCUUCCUAUACCUGUGGAUAAAUUUAGAGGAGCACAUAUCCGAUUUGAAUUCCGUCAUUGUUCUACUAAAGAGAAGGGUGAGAAAAAGUUGUUUGGCUUUUCUUUUGUACCUCUGAUGCAAGAAGAUGGUCGAACCUUUCCAGAUGGAACCCAUGAACUCAUAGUUCAAAAGUGUGAAGACAGCAUGGUUUUCCAGGAUCCUUGUCGCUACCUCAAACUUCCCUUUUUGAAAGGAAAUCAACCUGGAAACAAUAAUCAGGCUGUUAAAUACACAAAAGAAUCAUUUUGGAUAACCUCAUUUCUUUGUUCCAGUAAACUAACUCAAAAUGGUGAUAUGCUUGAUCUUUUAAAGUGGCGGAUGCACCCAGAAAAUAUCCCUCACUGCCUAUCCAAGUUAAAAGAAAUUGAUGGUUCAGAAAUUGUAAAGUUUCUUCAGGACACACUGGAUACAUUAUUUGGCAUUUUGAAUGAAAAUUCUCCAAAAUUUGGAUCUAAGGUGUUCGAUUGUUUGGUUCAUAUAAUUAAUUUGCUGCAGGACAGCAAAUUCCAACAUUUUCAGCCAGUAAUGGACACAUACAUAGAAGCACAUUUUUCUGGAGCUCUAGCUUACAGAGACCUAAUAAAAGUUUUGAAGUGGUAUGUUGAUAGAAUUAUUGAAGCGGAACGACAAGAGCAUAUCCAGGAUGUUCUUAAGGCCCAAGAGUAUAUUUUUAAAUACAUAGUUCAGUCACGGAAGUUGUUUUCCCUUGCCACCGGUGGACAGAAUGAGGAAGAAUUUCGGUGUUGUAUUCAAGAGCUACUUAUGUCAAUCCGGUUCUUUCUGUCCCAGGACAGCAAAGGAACAAGUGCGUUAUCACAAUCACAGGCUGUGUUUCUGAAUUCCUUUCCAACUGUGUACUCGGAGCUGCUGAAGCUCUUUGAUGUUCGAGAAGUAGCAAACUUGGUGCGUGAUACGCUGGGCAGUCUGCCAACAAUCAUGCAUGCAGAUGUCUCCCUUCAAGAUAUGAAACUUCAGUGCAUUGCAAAGACAGUUGAAAGCGAGCUCUACAGCAAUCCUGAGUCCCGUUUUAUUUUACUGCCUGUAGUGAUGCACCACCUCCACAUGCACUUACAGGAGCAGAAAGAUCUUGGAAUGUGCGCACGUAUCCUUAGCAACAUGUUUCAUCUAAGCAAGAAGAGCAACUCAGAGAAAGCAGCCAUGAAGGAGAUAGAUGUUAUUGUGAACAGCCUGCUGGAUAUCCUUUUGAGAACAAUAUUAGAAAUUACAAGCAGACCUCAGUCGUCAGGCUCUGCAAUGCGUUUACAGUUUCAAGAUGUAACAGGUGAAUUUGUGGCUUCUCUAUUGUCUCUUUUGCGACAAAUGACUGACAGACACUACCAGCAACUUCUAGAGAGUUUUCGCUCAAAGGAUGAAUUACGGGAUUUCUUACUGCAGAUUUUCACUGUCUUUCGAAUACUAAUAAGGCCUGAGAUGUUUCCUAAAGAUUGGACAGUGAUGCGCUUUGUGGCUAACAAUGUCAUCAUUACAACUGUUCUGUAUCUGUCAGAUGCACUUCGGAAGAACUUUUUAAAUGACAGCUUUGAUUAUAAGAUUUGGGAUUCUUACUUUUACCUUGCAGUGAUUUUUAUAAACCAGUCUUGCUUGCAAUUGGAAAUGUUUACACCUUCCAAAAUGAAAAAAGUCCUAGAAAAAUAUGGUGACAUGCGUGUAACAAUGGGAUGUGAGAUUUUUAGCAUGUGGCAGAAUUUAGGCGAGCACAAGUUACAUUUUAUCCCAGCUUUGAUAGGCCCCUUUUUGGAGGUCACACUUAUACCUCAGCCAGAUCUGCGGAAUGUAAUGAUACCCAUUUUUCAUGACAUGAUGGACUGGGAACAGAGACGCAGUGGCAACUUUAAGCAGGUUGAAGCAAAGCUAAUUGACAAAUUGGAUAGCCUAAUGUCUGAAGGGAAAGGUGAUGAAACAUAUCGAGAGCUCUUCAACAGCAUAAUUCCACUCUUUGGUCCGUAUCCUAGCUUAUUAAAAAAAAUUGAGCGAGAAACAUGGAGAGAAAGUGGCGUGUCAUUGAUUGCCACUGUAACAAGACUUAUGGAAAGACUGCUGGACUACAGAGACUGCAUGAAAAUGGGGGAGGUUGAUGGAAAAAAGAUUGGCUGCACUGUUAGCUUGCUCAAUUUUUACAAGACAGAACUGAAUAAAGAAGAGAUGUAUAUACGCUAUAUUCACAAAUUAUAUGAUCUGCAUAUGAAAGCACAAAAUUUCACAGAGGGUGCAUAUACUCUUUUGUUGUAUGAUGAAUUAUUGGAAUGGUCGGAUCGCCCACUAAGAGAAUUUAUCAGCUACCCAAUGCAAACAGAAUGGCAACGCAAGGAAUGCCUCCACAUGACCAUUAUACAGAACUUUGACAGGGGAAAGUGUUGGGAGAAUGGAAUAAUACUCUGCAGGAAGCUGGCUGAGCAAUAUGAAAGCUACUAUGACUACAGAAAUCUCAGCAAAAUGAGGAUGAUGGAGGCGUCUCUAUAUGAUAAAAUUAUGGAUCAGCAGCGCUUGGAGCCUGAGUUUUUCAGAGUUGGAUUUUAUGGCAAAAAAUUCCCAUUUUUCUUGCGAAACAAGGAGUUUGUUUGCAGAGGACACGACUAUGAAAGGCUUGAGGCUUUCCAGCAGCGCAUGCUAACUGAGUUUCCCCAUGCCAUUGCAAUGCAGCAUGCCAACCAGCCUGACGAAACCAUAUUUCAGGCAGAAGCUCAGUAUUUGCAGAUUUAUGCUGUAACACCAAUACCAGAAACCCAAGAGGUUCUGCAGAGAGAUGGUAUCCCUGAUAAUAUCAAAAGUUUCUACAAAGUGAAUCACAUAUGGAGAUUUCGAUAUGACAGACCUUUUCACAAAGGGACCAAGGACAAAGAGAAUGAAUUCAAGAGUCUCUGGGUAGAAAGAACUGCGUUGACCUUGGUGCAAAGUUUGCCUGGAAUUUCUCGCUGGUUUGAAGUUGAAAAACGUGAAGUGGUUGAAAUGAGUCCGCUUGAAAAUGCCAUUGAAGUCCUGGAAAAUAAGAACCAGCAGCUGAGGACGUUAAUUAGUCAGUGUCAAGCACGACAGAUGCAGAACAUCAACCCACUUACAAUGUGUCUGAAUGGCGUUAUAGAUGCUGCUGUUAAUGGGGGUGUUUCCAGGUACCAGGAGGCUUUUUUCGUAAAGGAGUAUAUUUUUAACCAUCCAGAGGAUGGCGAUAAAAUCACACGCCUAAGAGAGCUCAUGCUUGAGCAGGCUCAGAUAUUAGAAUUUGGGUUAGCAGUGCAUGAAAAAUUUGUUCCUCAAGAUAUGAGACCUCUACAUAAGAAGAUGGUGGAUCAGUUCUUUGUAAUGAAGUCAAGUUUGGGAAUACAGGAUUUUUCCACGUGUGUGCCACCUAGUCCUGUUAAUUUCCUCAAUGGAAGCCCUCGUAUCCCUAGAAAUUCAGCACCUGCUAUCAUGGGCCCAGAUGCUGCAAGAGUGGUACCUAGACGGAGUCCAUUAAGCUAUCCAGCUGUUAACAGGUACUCCUCCUCUUCACUAUCCUCCCAAGCAUCCGCAGAAGUUAGUAAUCUUACAGGGCAGUCAGAAAGUUCUGAUGAAGUGUUCCACAUGCAGCCAAGUCCAUCUACUUCAAGUCUGAGUUCCACACAUUCUGCUUCACCUAAUGUGACAAGUUCAGCCCCAUCAAGUGCCAGAGCUUCCCCACUCUUAUCUGACAAACAUAAGCAUUCCCGAGAAACUUCCUGCCUGUCCCCCAGAGAGAGGCCGUGCAGCGCCAUAUUUCCCAUUCCGGCUGAACCUCCACAGAGAGUUUUGUUUAACCACAUUGGAGAAACAACUUUGCCCCGUAGUGACCCAAAUCUGUCUGCCCCUGAGAAAGCUGUGAACACAACUCCUAGCAGCUGGAGCUUGGACAGUGGAAAAGAAGCCAAGAGCAUGUCUGAAAAUGGAAGGCUUAUAAUUCCUCCUGUGCCACCCAGGCCUACACAAUCUGCUUCUCCUGCCAGGAAUAUAGCUGCAGUGUCUCCUUCUCCCAUGGGGAGAUCUCCAAUGAAGGGCUCAAUGCAGUCUUUCACACCAUCUCCUGUAGAUUGCCAUCCAUCCAUGUCUAACUCUCCUGUCUUGUCGGGAAGCUGCAGCAGCGGAAUCUCUUCACUAAGUCGUUGCAGCGUUUCAGAAAUGUCGGGUUUUGAGAGCCAGAUAUUCGAUCAAAGUAGUUACAGUAUCUCCGAGGAGCCAAUGAGGAAGGAGAAUAAAACGCCACCCCCAUAUAGUGUAUAUGAACGGACUUUACGACGCCCUGUACCUAUACCUCAAUGCCUCUCCAUUCCUGCCCCUAUUGACCCUCCAGCUUUGCCACCCAAACCUGGCCCAGUACGGCCCACCAGUCUGGAGAAUGGCAAAAGGACUGAGCCACUGCCACGACCUAGACCUUUCCCACGGAAAGUCUCCCAGCUGUAAAGAAAAUGUGUUUUAUAUUUGUGUCUGAAAUGAACAAUAUCAUUACUGUAAUAGCAAGUAACAAAUUAACCCUUAGGGGUUAUGAUUAAACACUGCAGAAGGGGUAUAUACACUUAAUGAAAGUGUGGGCACUUUAAUUGUUUACAAUAUUGUUCCCUAAUUACUGAAGUGAACUUUUUUGUAUUGUUUUGCACAUUGUUUUAGAUAUUAUUCAGGAUUAACUUGACAUGAGGCACUUUUAAAGACGUAAAGGGCCAGAAACACCAAACAAUAAAAAAGGGUUUUGUAUGAGUUGAAAUAUAAAGUACAGUUACCCUGUGUGUAAAAAUUGUUGGCUUGCUUCAGAAGCUCUAAUAUGGUUUACAUAAAUAAGCUGAUAACCAUGGAAACUUCCAUUCAAGCUACUAUAUUGCAUAGCAAAUCACCUGUUAAUCAUACACUGUUUUUUAGCAUUUAAGUGGUGAUAAACAUUGGUCAUUUGACAUUCUACACGCCCAUAGGAUGAAAUAAGAUUGUUGAUUCCAAUAAAUAUUUUAUUUGCAUUUUAUUUGGUGGACAAACCAAUUUAACAUUUAUUUGCAGGUGCUGGACAAACAGAUUUAACCUUUAUGUGCAGGUGCUGGAAAAGCAGAUAUAACCUUUUAAAUGUAAAUAAAAAAUGUAACUUCAUGGUGUUUCUGGCCCUUUAAAGAUAGACAGAAGCACAUAAUAAAAUCAGCUAUCAUGUAUGGUUAUGGUUUUUGGACUACCAAUCCAAUAAUCUGUAGCACAAAUAGGCAGCCUUUGGUGCUCCAGUGGAAGCAAGAAGCUUGUCUAUCCUUGUUCUAUGGAUUUUUAAUGAGUGUUAUUUUGCUUUUUAUGUAUAAAAUGUUUAAUUUACAAACUCAGAUUAUGUGUUUUAUGUACUUGCUUUUUUGAACCAUUAAUUGCAUGUGAGAAAAUCUAACUAGAUAAGCCAACAAUUUCAAAUGUUCCACAUGUAAUCAUCAUAACUCUGCAAUUCCACUUUUUUCUGAAGUAAUGUAUUUCCCCUUUAUUUUCCUAAACAGAGGUGACAUUUUUUAGACAUAUAUAUUGUAAAUAAAUGUCUGCAGGGCCAUUGUAAUUUUAUCAGACAUGGUUUGAGCAUUUUGGAUUUGCAGACACAUUUUUAAUGCUGUUUAACAGUUGCUUUUCUCUUCACAGUUGCAUGCAAUAAACUUUGGUAGAUCACAGUAGGGUCAGAAAGCACGAGCCUGGGAAAUGCACUAAAAAGGAGUUGCACUCCAACUGUCCUUCAACCUGAGCAUUUUAGAAGCAUUGGAAAAAUCAGCUUUCAAGAGUUGAGUGUUAUAUUGCUCGGGUGAUCUACAAACACACAGGUUCUUUGAUUUAUACUGAAUUUGUUUCCUUGAGAAAAGAGAUGUUGUGAUCAUGAGGCUGGUUUAGAGUUGCCUAUUUUAGGAGCAAAGUAAAAGGGAGUUUGUAACUAGAAACAGACCCAAAUAACCCUGAAGGAGAGUUGAAAUACCAUAAUAGUUGAUGCAAAAGAAAGGUGCUCCAGCUCACAUCAUUUUGGUUCUAUUUUGCAACCAUUCCUUACUAAAUAAUAUCUCUUGAUGCAACUGCCUGUUGGGCCACCUGUCUAUUGUGUACAGGAAAUGCAAAAUUGAUGUGAUAUUGUUUUAAAAUGAAAAGGUACAAUGAUCAUUUUGAAUUAUUGUGAAUACUGAAAUCACACUGAUACAAUAGAAAUAAUUGACUCCAUUUUUUGAAAGUUGCGUAAGGAGCUCUAAUUGUGAUCCAUUGUUGAAAGUGCCUUGCAUUUACUAAUUCUUGCAACCCCAUCAACGUCAUAAUUAUCUAGAUACUGUUUUGAUGGUAUCCAAGGAAAUUUAACUUGCAACUGAAUUCUUUGUAGACUUGUUAUGCAUUCCGCCAAACAAUAUUUGUAUUGUCCUACAGUAUUAUAUGUACCUAUCUUGACCGAAGCACCUGAACGCUCCAGUAGUCUUGAGGACAAUGAUAUGCUGUGAAGAAUGAGCCGUUUCUAUGUGGUGGCCAAACAAACCUGUCUUAAAUGAAGAAAGAAGUGCAUUUUCCUUUCAAAACCCUUUGAUAAAAUAUAUAUGGUGCUCAGCAUGUCAAAUAUUGUACAUGUUUAGUGCAUAGCAAAUGAUCAGAAGCAGUCACUGAUUAUGGGGAAACAACUCUGAUGGUCAUGUACAUUAUCUGUGUUAACAUUUUUGUAUAGUCCAUAUCUCAACAGUUGUACAUGAUGUUCAUUAUAUGUAGGUCCAAGUUCAUAAUUACCACUAAGGGCACUGGUAAUAGUAUUGCCGGUUUAAAAACAGUCCGCAUAUCAUCUGCCAUCCAAAUAGCCCAUAACCAGACUCAUUAUACUAGUUGCACUGGUUUGUGUUUGUGUAUAACGACUGAAAAGAAGAGGCUUUGUUGUGAGUAAGUAUUAAUGCUUGGGUCAAAGAAAAUGAGUGUCUUCUUCUGCAAUAAAAAGAAAAUGCCAUACCUAAUCAAAUCCUCAGCUUUGGCAUUUGUAAGAGCCCCACAUUAUGGGAAUUAUUUAUUAAAGGUUGAGUUUUUCCGCAGGUAGUUUCACUAAAGAUAAAAACUUGACAUUUUCAAGAUUUAUUAUUUCCUGAAGUUGCUAAAAGCCCAAAUCCAAAAAUACUCCUGCCGAAACCUUUCGAGUCCAUGUAGAAGUCAAUGGCAAAGGUCCCUUUAACCAUUUGAAGUUGUUUCUUGCCUUCAUUUCUGUUUUUUUUUACAUUGGUUUGUGCUCAAAAACUUGAUAAAUUUGAGGUAUUCAAGGUUUUUAGCCUAUCACUCAAUAAAUACGAGUAUUCAAGAUUUUUCCCUCGAUUGCAUUCAAGCACUUUUUUGCAUUCAGGUUUUUUCAUAAAUAAGCAAAUAUUCAAAUUUUGAGUUUGAACCUUACAAACCUCAAAAACUAGACCUUUGAUAAAUAACCCCCUAUAUGUCAAGGUUUUUAUGAGUAUUCACUUCUGUGCAUCUGUUUUACAACCUUCAGUGCUAGAGGGGAAAAACAUGGCUACAAAGUAGUUGGCUUCAGUCAGAGUCCAUGUUUGCUUUUAGCAAAGUGCUAAAGAUGUCGUUGCAAAUCAACUUGUCUCUAUGUAUACAGAUAAGAUUGCUCAGAGGUCCUUUCAACACGGCAGCAAAUGAAAAAGCAACAGCUUUGUUUGUACAGAGGUGAAAUUUCCAAGUCUUUCCUGUUUCACAGAGCUAUUGCUGCAUACUGCAAAUGAUCCGAUUUCUGCGUGAGGAUAUAUAUGAGCUAUCAGAUCUGACAGGCUCGUAACACAAAGAAAUGAACAUGCUCAAGUCUGGAAAUAAAAAGCAGACGCUUCCUUGGAUCAGCUUGCUAUGUACCAUAAAUAGAGCAUGCAUCAAAUAAUAAGGAACACAAACUGACCAUGUAAUAAAACACACAGGCAUUGUGGCUAUGCUUGCCCACUAGCCUGUAUUUUACUGUCUUGUAAAAAUGCUUGAUACCAAUGUUAUUAACAGAAAAAAACAUGAAAUUUUAUAUUUUAAAAAAAGCCAGCAUUAUUUUCCAGAAAAUGUGGUAACCCUAGUUGUGGUAUUUCUCAUAGGAAGGUUUUCUAGAAAAAUAAAAGACAAUUGCUUUCUUUUUGCAGCACAGUUUUUAUUGGGCUCUUUUGGAAGUAAAAAUGAAGGGCUUGUAUUGCCUCUUAAAUUAAAAAAAUAAUAAUGUAUUGUAUAUUAAUAUAUUGUAGAUUUUUUCAGCAUUAAAACAGAAAAUAUACAUGUUUAUGUCUCAAACUGCCAAAAACAUUUUCUAACCUGCCCAAUUGCAGAACUGAGUGCAUGGAUAUUGCUCUGGCUUGUGGGGUACCAUACACUCCAUUAUUAUUAUUAAUUCUAUGGGCAGCUUUAGGCUGGCAAGGCCAUGUAACCCCUCACUCACCUUGUUCCAUGUUUGAGUGAUGGAUUCUGGGACUUCGUGUAUCUCUGGCUUCCAGAGAAUUUGUGCACUGCCUGCCAUGGAAGACAGAAGGACUUCAUGCCCCCCAUCCAUCACUUCAUCAUGGAACAGAUUAGUGCCAAAGCCAGGUUACUGGAGCACAAACACCCUCACAUCAAGCAUGGAAACAACUUUGAACAAAGCAUCUCCCAGAAAACUCUAGACCCACUAUAAUCAUUUUGUAGAGAUCAACAAUAUAUAUGUUUUCAUUAAAAGGCAAUACAACCACCUUAAAUAUUGAUGUACACCAAAUGUACAAUACCAGUAAUAGCAUCACUACUAAAGCUACUGCAUUGCUUUUCAUUUUGCCACUGCAGUCAUAUCCAUAAAUGUAAUGUAGUGCCUUUACUUUUUUAACUCUGCUAGAUAAUCUUAUUCUCCUGGGAAAUGUGUAUCAUAUUUAUCAUAAAAGUCCAUGCUCAGUCGUAUCAACAUGCCAUCUUGUAUAUAGUGCAGCUCCCACACACACAGAUAGAAAAACCCACCUCACUCAAUGGUAUUAUUUAUACCUGCCUGUUGUUUGUAGGAAUUAACGAAAUAGAGAUGCAUCUUGAGAAUUUCCUUUUUUGCUGGGAAGUUACUUUUCGUAAAUUGCGGAUUCUGCUUUUACAGACCAUUUGAUUGACAAAGAAUGACCACUUUUUAUAUUUUUCCCCAAGAGAACUGUAAGCAGGUGUUUGCUGCUAAGUGGCUAUUGCCGUUUUCUACAGUAAAUGUUUGAGUAUUUUUGUACAUAACUGGUAAACUUUAAUAAAAUAUUCCAUUCUCUUAAAAAAAGAAAAAAAAAAAGACAAGCAUAUGCAGUAAGAUUGUGAUAAUUAUGCCAAAUAAUUUAUGUAUUGAAAAUGAUUUGUACAUAUGUGCUUUUUAAACAAUAAUUCAGCCAUAUUGACUUUACAAUUUUGAAUGUCAGAAGAGAAUAUAUGGUAAAGAAAUAUUUAUGUUUGGUAAAUAAAAAUAAUAUUCAGAUUUAAGAAGAACAAUAACCUUAGCUUUGUAUCUGGCGAUUUUGUAGUUUGAAUUUUAAAGAACUGCUUGUGGCUUUUGGAAUAUAACAUAUUGUAUUUGUAACAUACUUUUCUCAACUGUAGAAAUCAACAAAACUAUAUGGCUGCGUACGAAUGCAUUUACAUGUACUGCUGUAAAGUUCCGUAGCACUGCCUCAGAUUUAGCAUUACAAAAUUGUAAUCAAAUAAUGUAACAUUUUUCGGUUUAGUUUAGAUGACUUGUACAGUGGCUGACCAUGGCAUUAAAUUGUGUGUUUUCUAACAGUUAUUAUGUUUCUCCUAUUUUUCUUAGCUUUUGCAGCUUGAUUCUCUUAUUGGCGCCCAACAGCCAGUAGAACUGUUUAAUGUAAUGUAUGUAGUGUAUUACUUGACUUAUUUUGUGCAGCUGAACUACUAUGAUAACAUUCACUCAAGAUGUUCAUAUUAGUUGCUGCAACAAUACAACAAACUGAAAUAAAGUUCAUUCAUUACUA